AUGGCGGACUCGAAGCCCUCAGCAGAGAAUGGCACCUCUGCACCCAAGUCAGAGCCAAAACCAGAUGUCAAACUCCCUAAAGCUUCAAAACCGAAUCCAAUGUGGAAAUACCUCGGAUUUGGAGAGAACUUUCGUCCCAAACUUCCCUCUCGAAAUUGGAGCAUAUUCCUAGCUGUUACUGGCUCCUUCACUGCAGCAGUAAUCUACGACAAGCGAGAAACAAAACGUGUGCAAAGGAAAUGGUGCAGAUUAGUUGAACAUGUAGGGAAGGAUCCUUUGGACCCGAGGGCGAUGCCUAGAAAACUCUCAGUUUUCUUAGAAGGGCCGCCGACCGACGGACUCCGAUCAGCACAAGACCACUUCAAGGAAUACGUGAAACCAGUUCUUGUCGCUUCUGGCUUGGACUGGGAAUUCAUACAAGGGAGAAAGGAGGGCGACAUCAGAGCGGAACUUGCGGAGAAGAUUCGGAAAAGCAGAUUACCGCUUGAACAAAGGGUAGAGGAGGAUGUAAUUCUAGAGAUGCGGACAAAGACCGGCAUUGCGGAGUUUGAAGGGCCAGGAGGUGAUAUUGUUAUUGGAAGACAUACAUGGAAGGAAUACGUACGUGGCCUACAUGAAGGCUGGUUAGGACCUCUGAAAGAACCCCCAAAGCCAGAGGAAGAAAAGCCUCAAGACGCACCAAGUGCAUCGAACCAAACGUCUACAGAAAUCCCGCCGACCGAGACAACUACAGAGGGAACCACAGUAUUUUCAACGGAAAACUCACCUCAAGCAGAACCAGAACCAGAACCUGCCAAGGAAGACGAGAAGCCCAAGAAACCACCCCAACCUGCCCCCUUCAUCUCAACCCUCGCAUAUCCUUCUGCACCCACGCCCCCCAACCUCCCCACCGAAUUCGACCCUUCAACACCCAUUUCCUUUCCACACAUCCUUGGCUUCCUCAAUACGCCUCGCCGACUCUACCGCUUCCUAAACCGACGCUUCCUAGCCGAUGACAUUGGCCGAGACACAGCAGCUAUAAUAUUAUCCAACUACCGUCCCUACAAACCAGCGUCCUUGAAAUCAUCAGAUGAUAGUGCGGCUGAAAGCGCAAGUAGCGAAGCGCCCCUAGAUGAUGGAGAAUGGGGCUCGAGGACCGAACAAGCAACCGCCCUGCAAGAGGAGGAGAAAGAAUGGCAUAAAUCCGUCCGUGUGCAUACCGAGAACGAGCCCGAAAGGACAUGGUUAGAACCCGUGGUUCUCGAUCCCCGCAUUGCGAGCCGGAUGCGGAGAUUCGAGCUCAGCGCUGAGGACGAGGAGCGCGCUCGCAGUAUCGUUGUGCCGGAAAAUGAAAUAGAAGGGUUCAUCAAAGGGGGCUUGAGAUCAUUGGGAAAGGAGGUUUGGAGAUGGACGGGGAUUGGCAUUGAGAAGAAACCCUUUGCUAAUGUGGGGGAUCCUGAUGUGGAUAGUCAAGGAUGA